AAAAAUUUGUUGGUCAAUGGCGGUGGUGCUCUCGAGACAAGCACGACCCAUCUCUGUGAAUAAAUUUCAUUGCAUGUCAAUGAUUCUCAAUGAAGGAAACAUUUAGAAAGCAAACUUUAACUAUGGCUACAAACAAUUCCGAAGAAAUGGAGGAAGUUGACAAAAAGGAACUAGAAUUGGUUAGCAUGGAGGAAUUUCCACCUGAAUUGUUAAUCAAGCAUCCCCUUCAAAACACGUGGACUCUUUGGUAUUAUGAACAGGAUCGUUCUAAAUCUUGGGAGGAGAGUCAACGAGAAAUUGCCAAAUUUGAUACGGCUGAGGAUUUUUGGAGUUUGUACAAUCAUAUUAAAUCCGCCUCGGAGUUGAGAAAUGGAUCCGACUAUAGUAUGUUUAAAGAAGGAGUCCGACCAAUGUGGGAAGAUGAUGCCAAUAAAAAUGGAGGCCGAUGGCUAAUUAAUCUCGAGAAGAAACAAAGACCCACGGAGUUGGAUCGUUUUUGGCUGGAAAUUCUCUUGUGCAUGAUUGGCGAGGGUUUCAAUGAAUUUUCCGAGGAUAUAUGCGGCGCUGUCGUUAAUGUCAGAGCUCGUCAGGAUAAGCUCGCUCUGUGGACCGGAAACGCAAAUAGUUCGCAGAGCAUUAUGGAAAUUGGACGCAAGUUGAAAGAACGCUUAAGGAUUACGUCGAAAGUGACAAUAGGUUACCAAAUUCACAGUGAUACAAUGGUCAAAACAGGAAGUAUGACCAGAAACACUUAUACAGUUUAAAUUAACAAAUUUGCUCGAGAGAAACUUUAAGCCAAGACAAAUUAAAUAAUUAUUUUUCAUUUCUGCCCCCUUUAUACAUACAUAUAUAUAUAUAUAAUAUUUGAUACUUUUUCAUAUAUUUCAUUGUCUUGGAUUUAAGAAUUUCUGGUAACUUCUUUUUCUUCCCUCUCGCAAAUUUUUCUUUCUGUUAUUUAUCCCCAACCCCCCACCUUCAAUAUACUUUCUCUAUACAAAAAAAAAGAAAUAUGAAACAUGAAAUGUUUAACAUAUAAAUACAAACAAAAAAAAUAAUUAAAAAUUCUAAAAAUACAAAAAAGAUUCUUAUUCAUAAAAAUUCAGACAUUUUUUUUAAUUUGCAUUUUUUUUCUUCAUUUCUACAUUUUUUUAAAAUUUCAUUUCAAUUAUUUCAAUACUCAAUUUUCGUCCUUUAAGGAAUAAUUAUGUAUUGAAAAGGGAAAAAAAUCUGAAUUGUGCAAAAACAGACUUUUCUCUGCAAAAAAUAGAAAAUUAAAAAUUUCUACAAAUUUCUUUUUGUAUUUUUCUAUAUAAAAAAAAACAAAUUCUUUGGUUUAUUUUAAGAGUUUUUUUGUUAUUAAAAGAAUUUCUCGCUUUUUUCUUUAAAAAAAAAUAUGAAAUUUUGUAAAUUGAAAAAAAAUACAGCGAAUGUUCAUAUAUUAACGUUUAUAUAAUAAUAAAAAAAAAUAAUUACAUUAUAAAAA